AGGUGAUAAACUUGACAGUAAAGUUAAAAGAAUUGGACCACACAUAGAAAUCUUCCAAGUGUUCCAAGAAAGAAACAAAUUCAUAAUUACCAGAAAAAUAAUUAAAUUGAUUACUUACAUGCAGGCGCAUGUCAGGGGAUUUCUUGAACGCAAAAGAUUACAAAGAAUAAUGACCAAGGUUUUGCAUCAUGGACCUAAUUUGAGAGCAGUUAUGAACAUGUAUCGCAGAAUAAUCCACCGUGUUAGGCAUCGACUUGGUCUUUGGAGAACAAGACAAAUUAUAAAUUUAUCUGAGCUAGAGGAAUGGAUGGAUAGAAAAAAAUUCUAUGAAACAAUGUUUGCUAAGAGAGAAGAUUGGCAAGGAAUUGAAAGAGGUGAGCUCCUUAAGUUCUUCAAUGACUGUGGUCAUUUCCCAACCCAGAAACAAGUUGAUGAUAUCUGGGACCUGGUCCAUCAAGAUGGCCAAGAAAAAUAUUCUGAACUAAUCAAAAAGUUCCACGCAAUUGAAAUGUUAUUUACACUCUAUCCUCCUCAAGGUGCCCAGGUGCGCAAUAAUACACAACUUAAGUCAACUUGGCUGAGACCCAUAGUAAAUGGGGAAGAAGGAUAUAAAUAUAUAGUUGUUAUUAAAUUGACUGACAAGAAAGUUGUAGCAUUUGCCUUGAAAAAGAUGUCUAUUACAGAAGUGUUUCCUAAAACUGAGUAA